AGCGCGGCCCUGUCGCUGCCGCGGUCGGAGGCGCAGCUGUGCCCCGGCCCGACGCGGGGCCGCCGUCUCGCCCGUCACAGGCGGCCCGGCGCGGCGGCAGCGCGGGGCUCACGGCCCAGUUCUAGGUCCAAUGAUUAGUUCUGUGACAAGACAGCAUGACACUUUGAGUAUGACAGAAGCCCUGAUGCUGCAGCAGAGGCUGGGAAUAUUAAUGGCCAAAUCUAGAGAUCAGAUGGUCUUCUAAAGAAGUCAUGGGUAGCUGUUGUAGCUGUCCAGAUAAAGAAACUGUCCCAGAUAACCACCGAAACAAAUUUAAGGUUAUUAAUGUGGAUGACGAUGGUAAUGAACUGGGUUCUGGCAUAAUGGAACUUACAGAUACAGAACUAGUUUUGUACACCCGUAAAAGGGACUCUGUAAAAUGGCACUACCUCUGUCUCCGUCGCUAUGGCUAUGACUCAAAUCUUUUCUCUUUUGAAAGUGGUCGAAGGUGUCAAACUGGACAAGGAAUCUUUGCCUUUAAGUGUGCCCGGGCAGAAGAGCUAUUUAACAUGUUACAAGAGAUAAUGCAGAAUAAUAGCAUAAAUGUGGUAGAAGAACCAGUAGUAGAAAGGAAUAAUCAUCAAACUGAGUUGGAAGUACCAAGAACGCCUCGAACACCUACCACUCCUGGAUUCAAUGCACAAAGUUUACCCAACGGCUAUCCCAGAUACCCAUCUUUUGGAGAUGCUUCAUCACACCCUUCCAGCAGACAUCCUUCUGUCGGCAGCGCACGCCUCCCCUCUGUCGGUGAAGAAUCAACACAUCCUUUACUUGUAGCAGAGGAGCAAGUGCACACUUAUGUAAACACUACUGGAGUACAAGAGGAAAGAAAAAAUCGAUCAAGUGUGCAUGUGCCACUGGAAUCAAAGCUUUCAAACACUGAAACAACUAAAGUGAAAGAAGACCAGAUGUGUACUGAUGACAGAGAUGCUCAGGUUCUCCUGGAGCCUGAGGGAGUGAAGUUUGUUUUAGGACCAACACCUGUUCAAAGGCAGUUAAUGGAAAGAGAGAAACUGGAACAACUUGGGAGAGAUCAAGUUAGUGGCAGCAGCACAAACAACACUGAAUGGGACACUGGGUACGACAGUGAUGAACGUAGAGAGACACCAUCUGGUAAUAAAUUGGUGUAUGAAAAUAUAAAUAGGUUAUCAAUCCCUAGUGCCUCAGGGGUCAGGAGAGGUCGCUUAACAUCAACCAGUACCUCAGACACCCAGAACAUUAACAACUCUGCUCAGAGGAGAACUGCGCUGCUGAACUAUGAGAACUUGCCAUCCUUGCCUCCUGUUUGGGAAGCCCGGAAGCUGAGCAGAGAUGAAGAUGACAGUUUAGGACCAAAGACCCCGUCUCUGAAUGGCUACCACAAUAACCUAGAUCUAAUGCAUAACUAUGUCAAUACAGAGAAUGUAACAGUACCAGCAAGUGCUCAUAAAGUAGAAUUUACACGACGUCGGGACUGUACCCCAACAGUCUUUAACUUUGACAUUAGGCGUCCAAGUUUAGAACACAGGCAGCUCAACUAUAUACAGGUUGACUUGGAAGGUGGUAGUGACUCUGACAACCCUCAGACUCCAAAAACCCCCACCACUCCACUUCCGCAAACUCCAACCAGGCGCACAGAGCUGUAUGCUGUGAUAGACAUUGAAAGAACUGCUGCUAUGUCAAGCUUGCAAAAAGCACUGCCCCGAGAUGAUGGUACUUCUAGGAAAACUAGACAUAACAGUACUGACCUGCCUAUGUGAGCCUGGGGAGCAUUGAAUCAUUUGCACCUUUUGUGAAGUUUAUAAAAUUGAAGAUGCAAGUACUUUGCAUUUCUUAACACUAACGCUUUUUAUAGACUGAGAGAACUUUUUCUGCAUACUUCAUGUACUUGUCUUACUAAAGGGAAUUAAUGUAGAGCAAGUAUUCAUUUUAGGUAACACUAUUUCAUUCUACAGUAGAAGUAAUUACUGCAUAGCAGCAUCACCACCUUUCACAGUGCCUCUUUAAUUGAUUAGAGUCUGAGUGACAUGCCAGUUUUGAAUUUAAAAAUAUUCUGGUCUGGUGCCUAUACUCAUUAAUGGCAUUUAUAACACUUUUUAAAGCCUCUUGAUAUGUGCAUUAUUAGCAGGUAAACCUAAUCUUUCAAUAUAUAUAUAUCUCUGACGUUCAUUCCUCAUUGAAGUGGUUCCUCCAGAAUGCAUUGUAUGUAAUGUGUUAAUUCACUCAGUUUGACAUGCACAGGAUAUAUUGGUUCAUCUCAAGGAAUAUGAACACCACACCUUUUUUGUCUGUGGGCAAGAAGGCCUCUAAUUCCUGAUGGUUUUCUUAACUUGUAUGGUAUUUGAGAGGUCCCAUUGAUGGUUGUUGAUUGGAGCUAUAAACACAUCAAAAACCAACCUUAAGCUCCUUCUGUUGGAUUAGAAUUCCAAGUGAUAUAUCAAAUUCCCUCUGAAAUCUGACAAAAUUUUUAUCUCGUUAGAGUUUUGGGGUGUUUUGUGAAGGAAUUCACAGGUGGGCUGUAUGAAUUAAGGCUCUCUUGUCAUUUCUUAGUUCAGUGUGCCUUCUUUUCUUUGUGUUUGUGUGUUUCCUUUUUAUUUGUUCCUAAUGUCUUGUUUUAAAAGUCAGAAUUUUGUACAUAGCUUUAAUUGUUCAGAAUCAUAUAUGUAUUUGUCUUACUCUCUGCAUUUGACAAAGCAAGACUCUUGAAGGUCAAAUGGUUGUCUUCGUCCAGUGUUCUACUUUUUUAUGCCUGACAGAAAUAUCCAAGCUCUCCAGCAGCAUGCAUUAUUGCACAACUGGAAAGGUUUAUUAUGCAGUUAUUGUCUUCCUCUAAAGUGUCAAACACAGGUUACAUGGGAGGCAGGGUACUGGACUUGAUAGUUCUUCAUAGGAAGUUGUACGUUCUAGCAAUGUGCAUCCAUAGGUGAUAGUGUACUUUAAUUUAAAAAGAUACGUAGUAAAUUAUCUGAAGGUAGUAUUAUCUAUGAGCAUACUUGUUUUCCUUUUGCAGUUAGUGAAUUUGGUUGCAAUGAUGGCUGCUCAGUGUUCCAGGUACAUCCAGGUAGAAUGUUGUUUGUUGAAUAUGCCAGAGGCACCCUUAGACUUUCUUUUUCUGUAUUGCUUAUUAGUCUCUGAAUAGCCUUAGAAUUCUGGCAGUAUUACAGGUGCACCUUGGUACUAGCAGCAGAAGAGAUUGCUCUUGAGCCUGUGAUUGCAAAGGACCUGACACUUGUGUGAACUGGUAUCAUGUAAAAUAGCCCUUGAACUGUGAGGAAAAACAUGCAAGAAAAGCCAUUUGGAGAUCUGAAAAAGCAUUCAGGGUCUCCAUGCAAUAUUUGAAUUGAAGUUUUAUAAAAACCAACUACAAUUAUUUUCUGUCUUUUGAAUUGGUGUGUAUUUCUGUUCCUACAACUUUUUUCUUUGGUCUUCUCUCACUUAGUAGUGGCAGCAGUAGUAGCAGCACCUGAAAUAUCUCUUGCCAUAUGAAUGAAUGGCAUCAGGCCACCUUUUCACUCUGGCUUUCGUUAUUCUUUACAGACUGUAUGGUACUGAAAUACCAGAUGGACAAAUAACAUAAUUUGCUGAAGUAAAAAAUGGGAGUCAUUGAGACCAUUGUGAGGAACUUAAAAGAGAUUUUUUAAUAAAAAACUUUAUUAAUUAUUUCAUGGUCAGCUUCUGCAUAAUCUUGUGAUAGACUUGCUGACUUGUGAGGAGACCUUGGUACUCAAGAAGGUAAAGACUACCUAGAGCUAGGCAUUUUAAAGGCUGUAGCCAGGUGGAUUUUGGUCUCCUCUCACAGUCAGCCAGCAACAGGACAAGAGGACAUAGGCUUAAGCUGUGCCAGGUAGAUGUUAGCAAGAAAUUCUUCACAGAAAGGCUGAUUAGGCAUUGGAAUGUGCUGCCCAGGGAGGUGGUGGAGUCACUGUCCCUGGAGGUGUUCAAGGA